AUGGCACAAGACAAGGAUGUCCUCUCUUCCUUUUUAUCUCUGCCAUGUCCUUAUUCCUCUUCUCCUAGUCCUUACUCCUCUUCUCCUAGUCCUUAUUCCUCUUCUCCUAGUCCUUAUUCCUCUUCUCCUAGUCCUUAUUCCUCUUCUCCUAGUCCUUAUUCCUCUUCUCCUAGUCCUUACUCCUAUUCUCCUAGUCCUUACUCCUCUUCUCCUAGUCCUUACUCCUCUUCUCCUAGUCCUUACUCCUCUUCUCCUAGUCCUUAUUCCUCUUCUCCUAGUCCUUACUCCUCUUCUCCUAGUCCUUACUCCUCUUCUCCUAGUCCUUACUCCUCUUCUCCUAGUCCUUACUCCUCUUCUCCUAGUCCUUACUCCUCUUCUCCUAGUCCUUACUCCUCUUCUCCUUGUCCGUACUCCUCUUCUCCUAGUCCUUACCCCUCUUCUCCUAGUCCUUACUCCUCUUCUCCUAGUCCUUACUCCUCUUCUCCUAGUCCUUACUCCUCUUCUCCUAGUCCUUACUCCUCUUCUCCCUGUCCUUACUCCUCUUCUCCUAGUCCUUACUCCUCCUCUCCCUCUCAUCUCUUGCCUCCCUUAUAUAUUCAGCCCUAUCUCUUCUUCUCCCCUCCUUUCUUACACACUCCCUCCCCCACUCUCUCUUUCCCAGGUGUCCACACUUAA